ACCGUGAGGACGAGAAUCGAAAGGACGAAUCUGGUUUCGCUCUCUUUCGCCACGACCAACAGGAUGAGCGAGAGAGAGGAGUGCGAACUUCCGAAAUUCGCUGCCAAAAAAAAAUCUAACCCACGAACCAGACGAAACUAGAGCAUCCGCACAAUCCUGGCACGGAGAGAGGAUUUAGUAGUGUCGUGACUUUCAUUCGUUGCACUGAAAGGACGGUGACGUUCAGCGAGCGCGGGUAUCCUGUCGUGUUUCGUUGUUUCGCGUAGGUGUUUUCCUGGUGUCAAGUUUGGGAAGUCCCAAAGCCGGAAGGUUUGUGCGUGGGUGGUUAAUGUUUUGUGGAAGGGUUUUCAUGGUGAUUUCGUGACACGGUGGUAACGUUCUCCGUUUUUGUUUUCGAAGAAGAUCGAUGAAGGCUGCUGUUUGACUCCGCCACGGUAAUAGUUUAGUCAUGUGAGAGAAAGAGAGCGAAAACUACAGUGUAAUUGAGAGAGUGAGAGGGAGAGAGAUAGAGAGUCCGGAAACAAAAGAUCGCCUUCGUGUGUCCUUCCUGUGUGCAAGCUGGGAGAGGGCAGCGCAUCCAACGAGAAGGGACGACUCGCGUAGGGAAAAAACAAAAAUCAAUAAAUUUCAUUCAAGGUUAUUCACAUCGGUAAGGCACAGUUUAAACCAAAAAUUUUGGGCAAAUCGUGAAACAACAAUAACAAUCUGCCACGGCGGCAGAUCGGGUCCGGCCGAAGACGUGCGACCGACCGGAUGUAGGGCAGUGCGGGAAAAUUUCGGCGGCCGAGCUCGAUGAUUUUUCCCGAAGCUGGCUGAGUCGGAAAGUCUGAGCAGACAAAUCUCAUGAACAAAUUGCGGAACGAAAACGUAAUAAUAUUUUCCCCUAGACAUAACUACCAACGAGAGUCGGAGUAAGGGCAGAAAUCUGCGAAGUGAUAAAUCCAAACAAAAUAGCAAAACAACCUAAUUUUCCCCUUUCGGAGGGCAGAAAAUCUGUCAGGGAUGAAACAUGAAGAUUUGAUUUCUAUUUUUGUGUAAAGAAACAGCGGAAAUUGGGUCAAAUUAAAUACUAGCAGCAUAGAUUCCGUCGCGUGUUGACCUGAACCCUGCGGGGCGCUAGUCGAAUACAAACGAGUUACAACGGAUCGGACACAACGCAAGACUACAGAGCGGAAUGGCUGGCAGCGAUGGUGGUCGCGUUUCCCUCGUCGCGGUGAACAAUCGGCAAAGGAGAAGUGCUCGCGUUUGAGAGGCUGUGUUUGAAGUGAAAUAUUUUAUCACGUGCUGUAAGGUGCCACAAGUUUUUGGAAAGUUUGCCGGCAAACAGAAUUGUGUUAUGCUACAAUGAAGCUAACAUCGAGAAAAAUCGAUAGUUUAGUGCGGUGCUUUCAGUGCUUGCUGGUGGCGUGGUGCUGCGAACGUAGUUCCGGAUCUCAGUGGGAUCAUGUGGUGGAUUUUGACCACACAUACCGGUUACUGUGGACUUCCACCAGUCAGGAUAUCACCUUCGAAAUUCAGGCCAAAACACUUGGGUAUGUGGGUCUGGGAUUCUCCCUCGAUGGAACACUGGCCGAUUCGGACAUCGCGAUCGGUUGGAUUGAUCAGGGCCACGCGUAUCUCCAGGAUCGUCACAUACGGGCGGAAGGCAACGGCGAUCCAAUCGUGGAUCCCUCCCAGGACUACACGUUGCUACUGGGCUACGACAACGUAACACACACCGUCAUAAGGUUCAAACGUAACCUGGAAACCUGCGACAGCAAGGACGACAUUCCAAUUACGAAUGAUACCAUGCGAGUGAUAUUCAUGUACUCGAUGGACAAGCCGGCGAAGGGUUCGACACUGCCCGGUGCACUACCAGCUCCGCUGGAGGCCUUCAAGGGAUCCCGAUCGCUGUUCCUCACGCAACGCACCAAUAGGCAUCCACUGCCGGAUUCGGCCGAUGUGAACAUCCUGGAACUUCGCAACGAAGACGUCGAGCUGCCAGAAAGCGACGAAAGUCUGUACUGGUGCAAGAUCUUCAAGCUGGAUGAUUUCCACCAGAAACACCACCUCGUACGGUACGAACCCGUGUUCGAUUCGUCCACAAGCGUCCUCUACCUGAACCACAUGAUCUUGUACGAAUGCCAGGGUCUAUCGAAAGAGCUCGAAAUGCUGUCCCGACAACGUGGCCAGCCGUGCUUCCGGUUGCAGCCAAUGCACUGCAACACAGUCGUCGCCAAUUGGGCACGUGGAUCGGAUGGCUUCAGCUUCCCCAUGGAGGCCGGAUAUCCGCUGGACUCCCACCAGGCCACCUACUAUAUGCUGGAAACACACUACAACAAUCCGGACUAUUCGUACGAUUUUUCUUCGUUCUAUCGAAAGAAUCUGAGCAAACAGCAGCGCAACAUGAACAUACAUGGUGACGAUGAUGACGAUGAGGACGAGGACGAGGAUGCAGGCGGCGUGGGCGGACCGGACGAGUACGAGGCCGGAAAGGAGCAGCUCGAUGUGGACGGUGGAACGGGGGAUGAGGCUGAGGCCGCCGCCGCCGAGCAGCAGGUGGUUGAUAAUUCCGGCCUAAAGCUGUACUACACGCAAACGCUGAGGAAUUUCGACGCCGGUGUGCUCUCGAUCGGGCUGGAUCCCAACUGGCGCCACAUAAUCCCACCGGGCCAGGAAAAGGUGGUUUCCGAGGGGCACUGCAUCGGUGCCUGCACUGAGAGGGGCUUCCCCACGGAGGGAAUCAACAUUUUCGCUGUGAUGACGCGCACACAUCUGAUCGGACGCCAGGUGAAGCUAAGACAGAUUCGCGGAAAUGAAGAGCUCCAGCCAAUUGUGCAUGACACCAAUAUCGAUCCAAGCUAUCAGGACUACCGGCGGCUGGCAGCACCCGUGAAAGCCCUUCCUGGCGACAGCCUCAUUGCCGAAUGUAUCUAUGACAGCUCUUCACGGAAAUCCAUCACAUUGGGUGGUAUGACGACACGAGAGGAAAUCUGUCUUGUCCUUACGCUUUAUUACCCAAGACAGAAGGAGCUGACAUCCUGUCACUCACUUCCGAGCUUACCAACCGUGCUCCACUCGUUGGGGAUCCAGGAAUUGGCUUCGGGAACCAAUCCAGUGGUCAUCGCGUCUCCUCCCGACCUCGCCGGGAUGACACUCGAGAAGCGGCUCACUUCGUACGAUUGGGCAAAUCAGUUCGAGAGCUUUCAGUACGUAACCCGAAGGGGCUCCUUCAAACCACUUUGUUGGACACCAAACAACAGCAUGCUUCCGGGCAUCGAGAUGGAAUCGUAUGGCAGUAACAUCACACGAUACUGGAAGCCGACCAACAAGUGCCGCAACAUCCACACCAACAUGGUCACGGAGCCGAUGCAGGACGGCAUGAUCGACAUGCCAGCGAUGGAUGAUCACGAAUCGACCAACCUGGUGGAUACCGAGCUGAAGGCCAAAAUGGCCCGGCCGAACGCCAACAGCCACGGGGGAGGCCGCCCCACAUCGACCAUGGGACACAGCGGGGGCAAUGCCAGAACUCCGAACCCUCUGGUCUUCCUAAUGCUUGUGGCCGCAUGGGGCAGCUUGGUAAUCAGAUAAAUUUAAUUAAAAUGGGAGCAGACCCCCGCCACCGGUUGUGAUCAUUGUCCUGCCGAAUGUGUAAUUAUAGUCCCAAUAUAUUGAAGCAAUUCCGAGGAGAAAGCUAGAUUUAAAAAGGAUACAUUCGAAAUGAGGAAAAUAAUUAAAUCCACAUGUUGCAAAGAAAAAAUGAUGUCCAAACCAAGGAUUCAACGGAAUUCCGAAAGGCGGAUUCCCGAGAACUUUAAUUACCCGGUAAAAUCAAAAUAGAUAGAUCAUUACAGAAAAAACAACACAUCGGAACGUCGUGGCCCCACCUAAAAAAGAUUGGAUAGUGAUCUACUGCGGGUAAAAAUUCGAGGAAAGCAAACGAAAAUUACAGCAAGUAAAUGUUUUAUACAGAGUUCUUCCAACAGAGGAGAAACCGAUCGAAGGAAAGCAAUGAAAACACCAUACGUAACCGCAUCCACAUCAUCGCCAAAACAUUCGCGUUGCCGCAUUCGAACCGCGAGGGAACCGAGCCUGGGAGCGAAAAAUAAUUCGCCGUAAAAACGAAAUUCGAGGAAUGUGUAAAAAAACUGAGAAAAGCCGCAAGGCGGACGGAAUCCGCCUGUUUUGUAUUGUACAUACACCAUUAAAGCGAAAUUUAGAUUGAAGAUUUUUUGUAGGGAAUCGUGUGGCAUAUUGGAGCCUUCCGGAAUGCUCGUUACCAAAGAAUUACAGCCAAAAUAGGGCAGUAGAACUUGUAUAGUAGUGUAUAUAUAUGAAAAACUAAAUUACAGCAAAAAAAAAUUCAACAAAACCUGAUUAAUUGUUAAACGAUCCAGUGAAGCACUAAUCUAUGUCAUGGUUUAAUUCCAAAUAAUGAAAUAGUCAACGCAAUAGCUAAAUCAAUUACAAACAUAUUUUUAGUCUUAUCGAGUAUCUCCAAUCAAACAGAAGCUAAGAAUGUUGAGAGCAAUAUUCUAUGCAAAUCAGACAAGCACGGAUCAAUCAAAAUCGGAACGAAGUGGAUGAAAGGCAAGACUCAUACGUACAUUUAUAGUCAUAGAGUGAGCACAAUAUAACUCGCGAUAAAUUCUAACUCGUGUAAAAAUUGUACCUAAUAAACAAAUCUAUCGGAAAAAUAACGUGCUGU